CUCUUUCAUUUCUCAGUGCAUUCGCUUUCUCUCUCUCUCUCUCUCUCUCUCUCUCUCUCUCUCUCUCUUUCUCUCGAUUUCGAUUUCGAGUUCGAGAUCUCUUGGGCAUCAAUGGUGGCCAUGGAGCUUGGCAUUUGAAGGUUUAGGAUUGGCAAUGAAUGCUGUCUUGUUAUUGGGGAUGGAUUCCAUCGGACAAAGUGCUACCAACUCGCCGACGCCACUGUCCAACUACGACGCCGGAUCAACAAGCAGUUCCUCAGCUUUCCGGAAGUUCCCCGCCGGCCUUCGAGUCCUUGUCGUAGAUGAUGACCCAUUAUGCCUCAAAAUCGUGGAGAAAAUUCUCCGUAACUGUCAGUACGAUGUUACAACUUGUUCAAGAGCAGCUGUGGCUUUAUCCUUAUUGAGAGAGAGAAGAGGAUCAUUUGAUCUUGUUUUAAGUGAUGUUUAUAUGCCGGAUAUGGAUGGAUUCAAACUACUUGAACUAAUUGGAUUGGAAAUGGAUCUCCCUGUUAUCAUGAUGUCUGCUGAUGAUAGCAAGGAUGUGGUUAUGAAGGGUAUAACUCAUGGUGCUGUGGAUUACAUAAUAAAGCCUUUGAAAAUGGAAGUUGGACAGAAUCUAUGGCAGCAUGUUGCAAGGAAGAACAUGUGUAAUGAUGCAGGAUUGAAGCAGACGGUGAGUGUGGAGGAGAAUGAUAGGCAGAAGAAGGUGUCUGAUGAUGGUGAUAAUGCAUUGCCAUUGUCGGGGAAUGUUAAGAGGAGGAAAGAUGAAAAGGAGGGUGAAAAUGAGCAACGUGAGGAUUCAUCAUCGUCGGUGAAGAAGCCUAGAGUUGUUUGGUCUGUUGAGCUACACCGGCAGUUUAUUGAUGCUGUCAAGCAAUUAACUACUGAAAGGGCUGUUCCAAAGAAGAUUCUUGAGAUAAUGAAAGUUCCGGGGCUCACCAGAGAAAAUGUUGCUAGCCACUUGCAGAAAUAUCGGUUGUACUUGAAAAAAACAAAUCCCGAAGCACUAGCUCAAGGUGUCUCAGAUGUAACAUAUGGUCCAAUUGAUGCCGUCAAUGGCUUUAGUCAUCCCCAUGAAAAUCAUAUGAACAUGAACAUAGGGACAAGACGUGGUACAGGCUCUGGAAUUGGCAUGCCAGUUGUUGAUCGGUUGAAUUACAUUAGUUCUGCUCCACAAAUAUCAAAUUCUACGAGAAUGAUAUCAGGGCAGCAUUGGAGUAGCCCUGGUCCAAUGAACUUGAAUACUGGUGCCUCAUUCAAUAUGGAAUCACGGCAGCCACAACCACCAGUUCUCCAAGCAUGGGGAAGUUUGAGCCACCAAAUAGGUAACAACUCAACAAAUUUGCUCAACCCUCAGGCUUCAUUUUGCGCAAAUACUUCAUUCAGUGCAGGCUCACUUAGUGGGCAGACAAGAAAUUCCAUGAUUAUGCAAAUGCCACAGCAAGGACAACAUCUUCCAAUAUCUCGGCAGCAAAGUAGCUUGAACAUAGAUGCGCCAAGACAAGCACAACUUAGCAGUCAGUUACUUAAUGGAAUCACUGGUGAACACGAUUGUUUCAAUCAGCAAGUACUCUUUAAUGACAUCUGUCUAUAUGGAGAAGCAGCAUUAACUGGAACAAUGCUGCCUGGUUCAUAUGGCUUGGCACCUCAAACUUUAUAUUCUGAUCUGCAGAACAAUUACUCAAAUGCAUCAGUUGGAAAUUCCUAUCCUUUAGGCAUGGGCACCACUAAUCUCAACUCAACCAGGAUGUUUCAAGAAUGUGUGACUUCAAGUGGACUUCUAGAUUGGAUCAAGCCGGGUUUAAAAGGAGUAAAGGAUGCAAAUCAUAUAGAGGAUUGGAAGUUUCAGAGUACUUAUUCUUCUUCUGAGUUACCUCAGCAUCCUAAUAUUAACUUCGGUUCCUCCAUUUCAGCAUCUACUGACCUAAUGGCAUCUGUAAAAGACGGGAACACUUGCGCUGUAAGCAAAGGUGCUUACAAAAUAAGAUCUCAACUUGGGAAAGUAGAGUCUGUUGCUCAACGAAAUAACACCUUGUUAUUUGAUAAUGCUGGACUACCUAGUGAUGAUAUUUCAGACUUAAGCUGUCAAGACGAUCUAUUUGGUAAUAUUCAUAUAGAAAACGAGGAAUUCCUUGAUAUGAUUAGCCAACAGGAGUUGGCAGGACAUCUGGAAUCUGAUUUGGACAUCAGUAAUUAUGCAUUGGGUGGCAAUUUGCAGUAGUUCAUUGAACAAUCAACUUAUCUUUUUUUCUGAAUUGCAGUAGUUGUAUCCGAUCAAUUAUUCAACUAACAAUAUUGAAUAU